UAGUUAUGUUAUUUUUGUAAGACCCUUAGCAAUGCACGUCAGCUGCCUAAAUUGAAAUUAAAUUCCCUAUUUUAUCUCUUUUUGUUAGUUAGUUGCUAGUUGCUUCCGCGAAAUUAAAGCCGCAUGGAGAACCAAGCGAAGGCGGUGGCCCUGCGCACCUGGCGCCGCAUCCUGGACCACCUCUCGCGGAUCAAGGGAUGCGAGAUUCCGCAGAGGGAGACCAGCUGGUACCGCGGACUGACCCCGUCCCAGCUGGCGGCUGCGAGCAGCCUGUCCACCAUCCUGCCGGACAACAUGGACGAGAACACGGCCUCCGGGGUGGCGAAGCUGAUCGGGCACAUGGGCCUGCACCCGGCGCCCUCGUUGAAAACCCUCUGCCAGGCGAUCCAGCUGAGCCGGGGCAACGACCUGGCCUUCCUCUGGUUCCUCAUGGAGCUGUGCUACAAGACGCCCAACCACGGAGAGACCUACAGUGCCAACGAGCAGAUCAUCAUGUCGGCCAUCUUCCGCCUGGACCUCCUCCCCACUCUGAGGGAGCUGGACCGCUGGCUCCCCCUCCCCCACUCCUCGAAGGCGCACAGGGACAAGGCGGAGGCCCGGAGGAAAAGGAGCCAGGGGCUGAGGAAGGAGAGGGAGCGGGAGCGCCAGAAGGAGCAGGCCAGAAAGGCCAAGGUGUCCUCUCCGCUUUCGCCCUACUUCCAGGAGCACAACAUCAGCGGAAGGCUGAGGAGCGAGCGAAGACUGCUCUCCGAGUAUCCCAGCACCCCAGCGCUUCUCUUCGGAAUGGAGGAGGAGCCCGAGUCCCAGUUGUGGACCCGCUGGUUCGGAAGCUAUAACCUCAGCGAGGCCCAUCGGAUCGGAAUGUCCAUAGUGCUGCGGGAAAUAAACAGCAUUUUCGAGUCCUUCAAGGCAGCCUGUCUGCCUCCUCGCGAGGUGGAGUCCUUGUGCGCCCACCACCAGCACAUCCGCGAGAUGGAGAAGUCCUUGAAGGCGCAGAUGGAGCUGAUAAAGCGGCGGAAGUGCGAGGAGCUCGUCAACGCCAGCAAUCGAUUGCAGGAAAGAAAGCGGAAGCGAGUGAUUCAGGAGCUGGAAGACAUGAGUGCCUGCUACUUGAAGCGCUUCCAGGAGAUGGCAGCCAGGGCCAGGUUGGCCUCCACCAGGAAACAGCUCUUUGGCGGCAGUUUCGCCAAGGCCUCCCCCUUCUGCUACUCGAAAAUUGGACAGAAGUGCGACGACUUCGAGGAGGAAAGAUGUCAGACCUUCGAGGCGGACGCGCCACCAGAAAGGGAUUCCGGCCAACAUCACAGGAAUUCAAGCAGGUGCAGUAGGUCCAGGACAAGGCUGGCCAGUGGAGCCCAGCGGAAGGUUAAGUCGAAGUCCAGGUCGAGAUCUCGAUCGAGGAGCAGAUCCAAAACGAGGAGGAAGAUGAAGAGAAGCACCACGGAAAAGUCUAAAGUUGUGGAGGAGAAGCCCCCUCGCAAAAAGGGGAAAGACGAAUUCGAGGACAUAGAAGUCAGGUUGUUGGAAGGAGACAAGCCCAUCCUGCCAGGAUGUCCCGACUUCAACCCGGAGAUAAUAGAGUGCGCCAAGUGUCACACCUUCGAUCCCCGAAAGAGUGCGCCCGGAAAACAAUCCAUGGAGCACCGUCCCAGCAGCCUGAUGCAGUUCCUCCGAUUGUGCGGCUCUGAGAAGAUUGAGAUGGAGCGUUCUGUCCUCGAACAGGAUACGAAUCCCUCCCAUUCUGCUCAGAGCCCCAAGCCGAGUGUCCAGCUCUUGGAACUGGGACCUCCGGGAGGCGGGGGCGUGAGGUUCAACUAUCGCGAGCUGUUUGGCUCGAUGCACAGGACUCAUUUGGACGACGAGAGGAGCCGUCUGAAGGAGGCCUUUGUGCGGGCCAUCGACGACGAUGUCCAGUACCUCAGUGCUGCUUUGAAUGGGGAGGAGGAGGGCUCCAUAGACGCUCUGGUGGAUCGGGCGGCCAAGCGGGUUUUCGCCGAGGAUGUGAAGGCUUUUCACAAAGAGCUGCAGAAGUUGCAGAGCAGAAGGGCUGCAAAGGCCAGAACGGAGUCACGGCUAGACUUCGGCCAGGAGUUCUACGAUCCCGAUAACAUCCCUCUGAUGAGGGAGAUGCUAAGAUUGGGCCUCGAAAAGGUGGCUCAGGACAAGAGGUACGUGCUGCCCACCCUGCCCAACGUGCACUCACUUCCCUACCUCAUCGAAUGGAUUCGACUCCGCUACGGAAAGCGGUACUCGCACAGGGAGAAGGAAAGGAUCCUGGCUAAGGACAAGCUGGUCAUGGACCAGAUGACCUGGCUUAUGCAGACCAGCCUGGUGAACAUCCCGUCGCUCCCCUUUACGGACAACGUGAGGAACCUGGGCAAACUGAGGGAGGUGGCCAAUAGACAGAGGGAACGGCACACCAACCACUUCCUGGAAGCCAUGAUGGAGGUGGAGAGGGUCUUCUACUCCGCCAUGAAGCCCCAGUUCUGCCCAAUGGGUACGGAGUCCACCUUUCUGGCCUACCUGCCCGCUCACUUCUUUGACCUGGGCUUCACCAUCAAAAAUCAGGGUGAAGAACAGGGAGUUUUCCAUUAACCUCUACCUCUUGUUACUUAAAGAAGACUUCUCGGAAUGUAGUUUUAAUUAAGAUAUAUGUGGCAGUA